UCAUAGUGUCGUACAAAUAGAGUUUGUCAAAUGUGAUAAACAAAUCUAUCAGUGAGAUUAGUCUAGAGUCGUACAUAAUGGCUUCAUCAAUUCUGAGAAGAAACCGAAUCAAGCGAUAUUUCUGUUGGAUUUCAGUGAUCAAAUAAAACCUCCAACUUUCACUAGAAUAAAUGAUAGUCAAUCAAAGUUUAGUAAUUGUUUAAUUGAUCACGUCUUUUUGUUUUAACAACAAGACUGCUUUGAGAUAAUAAUUUAAGUAUUCAAAAAUUUAUUCAACCUACAUAAUAUUGAUUGUGAUCAUAAAAUGUAGUGAAUCUGAGAGUAAUUGAGAUGUAGUUUUGUUUUUCUCAAAGAAAAAUUGAAUUUGCAAAAAGACAACAUCGUUGUUUAUCAUUGAAUACUUACUAAAAGAGGUUACAAAUUAAUUAAAUCUGUUUGUUUUAUCAUCCAUGUCACCCGUAAAAUCUAUAUAAGUUGCUCUGUGAACAUAUUAAUACCAAAACCUCAAUGGAAUUUGCUUCCGUUCUGCUUAUUUUUAAGAAAAUGUCGUUACUGCUUAUUAUUUUGUAUUUGUUUCUCUUGAAGGAGAGACUUGUGGAAUGUUUAGUGGCACAAAACUAUGCCAGUGACAGUGAAAAUCUUAAACCUAAUAUACGUCGAAGAAGUGAAUUCAUCGUUGGUGAAAAAUUCCGUGUCCGAGUGGUUCUGAGUGAAGAUUUAAAAAACCAUUUACAGUAUGAUUUAUUGAAGAGGCAGGUCAAAGAUGCUUUGAUAUUCUGGACAAAGGCAAUACAACCGAAGCGAAUCUCUACCCAACAAAUAUUAAUAGAACGCAAUUGCAAUGAACGAGUUCGAUCACAAAUGCGGCCACAAUAUCAUUACUGCGAAGGUGGUUGUAACAAAGUGUCGAAAUGUAACGGUUUUGAAAUCCCCGAGAAGUAUCUCCAGACCAAUUGCCGGUUCAAUUGCAAUUUUAUCAGCUAUGAAAUAUAUUGAUUACAACCCAGGCGAAUUGAAACGAGUUAUUAUUCAUGAAUUAGGACAUACAUUCGGCUUCGAUUAUCAGUUGUUUCCUUACCUGCGUCAUGAUGAUGGUAGUCCUAGAACAAAGCGUAACCAACAUACUGGUGAACCGGAAUUGUCAACAGAUGCCAACGAAGGAUUAAAAGCUGAUCGAAAUACUAUAAAAUACGUGUCCAGGACAUGGCAUACAGUCUCCGGUGAGAAGACGUACAAGAGAGUCGCAUUAACAUUACCAAGUGUAGUCAUAAAUGUUAUCAAUGAAUGUUUGGUUCAAUAUCAUAAACAAUUCACAUCUAUCGUAAAUUUCCUAUGGGAAAUCAGGUGUCCUAACUGGAAAUCAUGAAAAAUCAAUUUACUUGUGCAAAUAUUAUCAUUAUACUUUAACACAUAUAUUAGCAAUAGUGUGUAGAAAAACAAUGGAAUUCACGGUCAAUCUACAAAUCAUAGAGUUCAGUGCCAAGUCAGUUCACUUUAUACAGAGUUCGAUCAUUAUGUCGAUCAAGACACUUCAUUGUACUUAGACAAACUGUUGUGUCUUACAGCCAACUAAUACGCGUAGACGCGGAAAGGACGAUGGAAACUGAUACUCUAUGCUUGGUGGUUCUCCCAAUACUAACUCGCACUGAACGAGGAGGAAGUAUAGAAGAUCAACGACCACCAGUCCAUACUUUUAAAACAUUUUAUUCAUUCUUAGUAAAUUAUCACCAGUCAUCCUUCGUUCGUCUAUUUAAAGCUGUCCAAAAACUAUCCGUACUGACCUUUGUACUGUAUUUACAUUGACACACACAUAUAUGGACUGAAGGAUUACUUAUGUGUCUCUACCACCUCGUUCAAUUCACACUUCAGUAUGACUCUCAUGCAACAUUGGUAAGCAGUUGAACGUAACAGUCAUUACUACAAAUAUAUCUUAAAAGCCCUUCCAUUUCAACAUAAAAUUACAUGUUUCUUUAAAUAAAGACUGUCGAAUUGCAGUAGUUUUGUUGACUUCAACCAACCUGAUCAAUGUAGCCUCUUGAUGUAUAUUUGACAUUCAAACAAGAAUCUAGAUUAAUUUAUUUUUAUCUUCUCUUCUUUCAAACAGAACUUUGCAAGAAAUCAUUUUCGAUGCAAUGAGCUUGAUGCAGUUGAUCUAGAAUCCGAUGGUGGCGAUGGAAAUAAACAUUCACACUUCGAACGACGUCUGUCUAUUGGUGAAGCUAUGUCUGCUACUUGCGACAUCAUGGCGUCUGUUUCAGGUUUAACUCUCAGCUACUUCAAAGAUACUGGAUGGUAUAAUGUAGAUAUUUCUAUGGCUAAACCUUGGGAUUGGGGCCGUGGUCAAGGAUGUGAAUUUAUUUUCAAAAGUUGUGGUGAAUUCAUUAAAAGGCAAGAAUAUAGACAAAUAUUGAUAUACCACAUUUUCCUUUUUCUAGUGUGAGGUGAAUUUUGACUGACUAGGUUUGUUAAACAGAUACUUAAAUUACUAUCGUUGUCAUCAAUCAUCUGUCGCGGUAUAUUACACACAGAAUUACCUAUGGUCAAUCUCAAUCACAAGCAUAUAAUUUUAUUGUUUGUAUUUCACUUUGCUGAUACUAAUUAGAUAGAAGUUUUAUAACUGCCUUUCAUUCAAAAUACGGUUGUAAACACAGAUUUGAUCUAUUUCGUAAAUAGUAAACUAUCAAAACCACAUAGCAUUUGGAAGAUCAAGGUCGUUGAUGCAUCAGUGUAAUUAAUCUAUGAUUAAAAAAAAUGUAAGUAACCUAGUUAUUUUUACAUGAGCUGUUGUUAGAGCAGUAAAAUUCCUAAAACUUAACAAUAUCCUUUACUGAUAUGUGGCUCGUGAAAGUAAAUAUGACUGGCCACUGAGCAUGAACUAAAAGACACUUAUAUUGACUACUUAACUUGGAAUUUCCUUCCUACUACUGAUUUCUAUUGCGGACUGACCCAGUAUAACUACCCGUAAUUCCAU